GCUGAGCUUCGUGCGCGAGGCUCCAGCGCACUUUUCAUCUACCUGCCGCUCUCCUCCGCCUUGAUUGGCCCUCUUUGAGCCAAGUCCUCUUGAAGGAUUUCAAACCGGAGACGUAGGAGAAGGAGGAGGACGGUGGAGGGUCCGCUGAAAAUUAGGGUGGAAAAGACCGAGCCCUCAGUCCAGGAACGCGAACGCACCAUCUCAUUGAAGAGCCUUUUACAUCCGACCGCGUCCAAAAGAGAAACCACGGCUGGAAAGUGGGAUUUUCAUAUUGUUUUCAUUUGUCGUGCUCGAACACCACAUUUGCAUGUAAAGAAAAAAAGAAACUUUGUUUUCCCGACAUUAUUUAUGGAGUGGUGUCCAGCGGAGAUGGUCUCCUAGUUGCGGUGUUAAUGGACUCGUCUGCUGGGACCACCAGGACCUGGCUGUGAAUCGAUACAUAUUAGAAGUCGAUAACUGGGGGCAUGUAAGAACCAGUUCCUGCCAGGCUCUUUUCUUGAACCAGAUUAGCGGAGGUUGCCACAUCGCGUGAAUGUUUCUCCUGUCGGCCUGUUGAAGAUCAGCUCUUUUUUUAAAAAUUUUUUUUUAAUCUUUUUUUGGACAAUGUGUUCGUUUUUUACCACAGCUCCGCAGCUCAGGUUAGGUUGAGCAAGCUUCAUCCGAUUCCAAGUGGCAGCAUUCACAUUCAGAUCUCAGUCAUGGCGAAAAACGCGUCCGAGGCGCCCAAGGAUGACCUGAGCCAGCAGACGGACGAGGAGCUGCUGCGGAGCUCCAAGGAGGAGCUGCUGAGGAGGCUGAGGAGGGCGGACGGCGAGAAGAUGAGCCUGAUGAUCGAGCACGGCAACAUGAUGAAGGACAUCAACAGGCGGCUGCAGGUGCACCUGCACGAGAUCCGCAACCUGAAGGAGAUCAACCAGAAGCUGCAGGACGACAACCACGAGCUGCGCGAGCUCUGCUGCUUCCUGGACGACGACCGGCAGAAAGGCAAGAAGCUGUCCCGGGAGUGGCAGCGCUUCGGCCGCCACACCGCCAGCGCCAUGUGGAAGGAGAUGGGCACCUACAUGGUGAAGCUCAAGGAGCUGGAGGCCAACCAGGAGACCGUGCUGAGGGAGAACUCCGAGCUGAAGGAGAUCAUCCUCAUGCUGGACGAGGAGAGGAACGGCGCGGGCUCCAGGAGCUCCAUAGACAGCCAGUCCAGCUUGACCAACCAGAACGGAGGGACUGGGACCGUCCGGGACGUGGGGGACGGGAGCAGCACGUCCAGCACGGGAAGUGCUGGCAGCCCCGACCAUCACACUCACAACCACCUGCACAGUAAGCCCGCAGAGAACUCUAAGGUGGGUCCGACCACCACGAGGAGGUCCAUGGAUGAUCUGUCAGCGCUGCACCAUCACAGGAGCAUCCCCAACGGGCUCAACGGUGAGUGCACGACCUGCUGUUUGAUAUGUCGCACUAACUGCAGUGAUCCAACUGCUGGCCCACGGGCCACUUCUGUUCCGUAUAUGGACCAUCUUUAAAGGCAGCGAGAUCUGAGACGUGUGCAGAAGAGUGGCUUUAUUUUAAAGUCUGCAAGGUCCUCAU